CUCAGGGCAGAGAGCAGCCCUGCACUCCCUACACUGCAUCCACACUCAGCCCCUGCAAGCAAGGAGAGCACAGGCCAGGUUCCCGAGAGCUCAGGAACAUGGAGCUGAUCCAGGAUGCUUCCCGCCUGCCACUGGAGUACGUGAAGGGGGUCCCGCUCAUCAAGUGCUUUGCAGAGGCACUGGGACCCCUGCAGAGCUUCCAAGCCCAGCUCGAUGACCUGCUCAUCAGCACCUACCCCAAGUCCGGCACCACCUGGGUGAGCCAAAUACUGGACAUGAUUUACCAGGGUGGCGACCUGGAGAAGUGUAACCGGGCUCCCAUCUACAUACGGGUGCCCUUCCUUGAGGCCAAUGAUCCAGGGGAUCCCUCAGGGAUGGAGAUGCUGAAAGACACACCGGCCCCACGGCUCAUCAAGUCACACCUGCCCUUGGCCCUGCUCCCCCAGACUCUGUUGGAUCAGAAGGUUAAGGUGUUCUAUGUUGCCUGAAACCCAAAGGAUGUGGCGGUCUCCUACUACCACUUCUAUCUCAUGGCCAAGGUGCACCCUGACCCUGG